GGCGGAGUCAAAGUUGCGGGCUUCGGCGGCCGCGCGGACAUCCUCUGGCAGCGAUGGGGACUCAGCGGGGGCCCGGCCUUGUGCUGCUGCUGCUGCUGCUGCUCCAGGGUGAAAGGGGGCUCGGCGAGGAUCGGGCAGUGACUCGUUGCCAGCCAGGUUUCAGCUCGGAGGCCUACAGGUUCCGGGUGCCCAGGCGGGACUUGGAGAGGGGCCGGAUCUUGGGCAAAGUGGACUUUGAGGACUGUGCAGGGAGGAGCCCAGGAGCCUAUCGCUCAGAGGACACGCGCUUCAAGUUGCGCUCUGAUGGCGUGGUUGUGGUGAAACGGCCCCUGCAUCUCCACGAGCGGGAGCUGAGCUUCCUUGUCCACACAUGGGACCUGGCAGGCAGGAAACACUCGGCCAGAGUGAUGCUGCAGCUCCAGCCCCACGGCCAUCACCAACUUCAUUCUCGUGGGGAGACCGGUCCGUCUGCUCCAGCGGAGGUGCUGAUUUUCCGAGGAUCCGGGCCUGGCCUGAGGCGGCAAAAGAGGGACUGGGUCAUCCCUCCAAUUUUAAUCUCUGAGCAUGAGAGGGGUCCUUUCCCCAAGAACUUGGUGCAGAUCAAGUCCAGCAAAGCAAAAGACACCACCGUCUUCUAUAGCAUCACUGGGCGGGGGGCUGACAGCCCUCCGAUCGGCACCUUCAUCAUUGAGAGGGAGACUGGCUGGCUGAAGGUGACCCACCCGCUGGACAGGGAGCAUAUUGACAGCUACCCGCUGUCAUGCCAUGCGGUGUUAGCCAAUGGCCAAACAGCAGAGGAGCCCAUGGAGGUCACUAUCAAAGUCGGUGACCAGAAUGACAACCGUCCAAAGUUCACCCAGGAUGUCUUCCAAGGGUCUGUGGAAGAGGGAGCCAAACCAGGAACUUCUGUGAUGAAGGUGUCAGCCACGGAUGAAGAUGAUGCAGUGGAUUCCUAUAACGGGGUCGUCACUUACUCCAUCCUCAGCCAGGAGCCACCUGAGCCGCAGAAACAGAUGUUUACCAUCAAUAAUGAAACCGGCCUGAUCAGCGUAGUCGUGGCAGGUCUAGACCGAGAGAGGUUCCCCGAGUACACACUGAUUCUGCAAGCGACUGACAUGCUGGGAGAAGGCUUAAGUAGCACUGGGACAGCUGUGAUUACCAUCACCGACAUGAAUGAUAACCAGCCAGUCUUCAACCCACUCAGGUACAAUGUAAGUGUGCCAGAGAAUGUGGUGGGGGCCCCGGUUGCCACCCUGAAAGUCAAAGAUGCCGAUGAAAAGAACAGCUCAGCUUGGAGAGCAAAGUACAACAUUGUGAAAGGGAAUGAGGAAGAGAACUUUGCGGUCACUACCGACCCUGCCACCAACUAUGGUCUCUUGACCACAGCAAAGGAGCUGGAUUAUGAGACCAAAAACCAGUAUAUUCUUGAAGUGGCUGUAGUGAACAAUGUGGACUUCUCAGUUCCGCUCCCGACAUCCACAGCCACCGUUACCAUCAAUGUGAGCGAUAAAAAUGAAGCGCCGGUCUUUGUUCCUCCUGAAAUGAAGGUGUCAAAGCUGGAAGAUCUCCCUCCUGGGCACCCGAUAGCUCAGUACACAGCCCAGGACCCCGACAAGUUCCUGCAGCAAACCCUCAGGUACUCGGUGCGGAGCGACCCGGCGGGGUGGCUGGAAAUCAACCCUGAAACUGGCCUGAUUAAGUCAAAAGCCAGCCUAGACCGAGAGUCGGAUUUUGUGAAAAAUAGUAUCUACAAAGCCCUCAUCGUGGCAAGCGACAAUGCGAAGGAACCGGCCACUGGCACAGGAACCCUCCUUUUGCAUCUGGAGGACGUGAAUGACAACUGGCCAGAACCUGAGCCCCGGACGUUCGACAUCUGCAACCGCAACCCGGAGCCCCAAGUGUUAAGCAUUGUGGACAAGGACAUCCCACCCAACGCCGGCCCCUUCUCUGCAAAGCUGGAGUUUGGCUCUGGUGCCAAUUGGACAGUCCAGACCAACCAAGACAGUCUGACCCUUCUCCUGGUCAAGGAGCUGGAGCCUGGAGACUACAACAUUGCCCUCAAGCUGACUGACGGUCAGGGCCUGUCUCACGUCACCACAGUCAAAGCCGCUGUCUGCAACUGUGACGGAUCGGCCAAAAACUGCGACCGAAAGGCGUAUCUGCCAAAGACGAUGCAGACCUCUGCUAUUCUGGGCAUCCUUGGGGGCAUCCUUGCCUUUCUGAUCCUGAUCCUGCUGCUGCUGCUGUUUGUGAGGAGGAGGAGGCAGGUGAAGGAGCCGCUGCUCCCUCCCGAGGACGACAUGCGGGACAACGUCUACUACUACGAUGAAGAAGGCGGAGGGGAGGAGGACCAGGAUUAUGAUCUGAGCCAGUUGCAUCGAGGCCUGGAUGCCCGCCCUGAAAUCACCCGUAAUGACGUUCCAACUCUCAUGCCAGCCCCGCAGUACCGUCCGCGUCCCGCCAAUCCCGAUGAGAUAGGCAAUUUCAUUGAUGAGAACCUGAAGGCAGCAGACGCGGACCCCACCGCCCCCCCGUACGAUUCCCUGCUGGUGUUUGAUUACGAGGGCCACGGCUCUGAAGCCUCCUCCCUCAGCUCUCUCAAUUCCUCCAACGGAGACCAGGACCAGGACUAUGACUACCUGAAUGACUGGGGCAAUCGUUUCAAGAAGCUGGCUGACAUGUACGGAGGGGGCGAAGAAGACGACUAGGUGUGAUUUGAAUGGUGGGGUAGAGGGUGGGGGGCAGUGGCUGGCGGGGAGAGAAGAGGCCAGCUCUUCCCACGAGCCAGCGCUUGGUGACUCUGGCCAACGUUUCCGUAAUUUACCCUGAAGUCCCCCUCGAGGUAGACUCUGACCAUCUCACCUCCGUGGGGUAACAACAAUCGCCGUGGGACUGCUGCGCCCUUCCUGAAGCUCCCAGACAGGGCGCCUCCAUGCUUGUUUUGGGCACCACCGAGGGGGAAAAGGCUUCUCCAGGGAAGAGAAAAGUGCCUGAAUUCUGCAAAGGACAGAAAGACCCUCUGGUGUUUGGUCUUGUGUUCAAGAGUUUCACCUGAACCUGCCUGGCUCCAUCUUCUUGUUCAUCUUCCCUCCCGUUUGCCUAAGUAGAACACCGGGCUUCUUGUUGCAAAACUGUAAUGUGUCUUGGAGAAUGUGAGAACUAUGCAAGGGACACACUUUUGGGAGGGAGAGGAUAGAACUCAGCUGAUUCUGUGGUCACGUGAUCACAGGAUGCAGGUUCCUACUAGCUGCCUGAGAGCACCCGCAACGUUGAGGGGUGACCGGUUCCGCCCGCACAGAUUCGAAUCCCACAGCCUGCCUACGGUGGCCAAUUCUCUGAGCUAUCUCCAGAAAGAGCUGUGUUUCCAAAGCCCUAACCAAAAAUGUUUCUGGGGAUUCUGGGUGGCGGCUCUGCACACAUGUGAUAUCUGGUUUGGGAGAGGAAUUCCUAGCUGUUGGCUUUUACUGUCCAAAGGCACUCUUGUGGAAGUGACGGGGAGUCAUCUCUCAGAAGAGAUGGCGGGAUUUCUGAUGGGCACAGGGAGGCAGAGCUCUGACAUAACAUUUUCCUCUUCUUAAAAAGAAGCAGAUCAGAAUAUACCAGACAGAUUCCCUGGAUGACUCAGUACACUUUGCAGAAGGAAUUUUCCCCUCCGUUGGAGGUCUGCCUGGCUUUUAAAGUAGAGGGGCAUCUCAAUUUAAAUUUAGUCUUUUGGGGGGGGUCAGGUGGGGAAGGCGUGACCCUCAGUGUAUGCUGAGCUGCAGGGCUCAACAUCCUUUGCUACAGGCCCUCCCUGGGCCAGGUGGGAGCUGCAGUCUAGCACACCUGGAUAGUUUGCCACUGCUUAGAAUGUACUCAAGAUUGAACACUGUUGAACUCGCUGGGAGCCAGUUCCAUAGAACUGUGAAAAGAGUUGGAGUCCUGAACACCAGUAAGGCCCAGAGGUUUUUUGCAGCAUCACCUCCUUCCUGGGUGGCAAAAAAAUCAGGAGGAGUCAUAGAAGAUGAUGUCUUUGAAUAAAACGCGUUGGCCGGACAGGGUGCUACCAGGCUGCUCCUGAUUUUUUUGCCACUAACAUGGCUCUCCUCCUACAAAGCCCCUCCUGGGUAAAUCUUUUCAGGGUCCCUAAACCAACUUGCCCACAAAUGCUUUUGCUUUCAGACGAUGUCCCUGCUGGUCCUCUGCCCCUCAGGUGCCCGGAAUCCAGUCUGGGUUGGGGUGAGGCAUCUGCAAAGCCAUCUGGGGUGAACCCUCUUAUUGUGGCUUGUAAGUCAUGGUUUGUGGCUCAGAUGAUGUAUGUCCACAGCCAUUAGGGUUUAAUUAGCAAACCUGGUUUUAGCACAAGGUGUUACUCCCCAGUGCCUUCUCAUAAAACACCUGAACAGGUGGGCGCAGUUGCCUUCCCUGGAUGGCCUCUCAACUAUGUUGGCCACCCCCUCCUGGGCUCUUUUGGGCUUUCGGCUGCCCUUUGUACCAGAUUCCCCAGAGGGGAGGCUCAGCAAUCGCCCAGAGCCUUGCCCAGGCUCUUCUGCCUUGGGCCUGUUACCUGGCGACCAGGCCAGACGCAUUCCUGCAUGGGGACCUUACAAAAUACAGCUGCAUUUGUCUGCCAAGUAAUCCAUUUUAAUUAGAAGUGGUUCUUCUGCCAAGGUACCAGCUGUUUCCUGUGAUGUGUUUCUCACUCUCUAACCUUGAUGGUAUAAUUACUGCCCAAUUGAUGGGCACCUUUUGAAAAGUGGUUUUCUAAUUUUAGAUCUUUAUGUUUAGUUAUUCUUUUUGGAUAUAUUGUGGAAGAGUUCAAAGACACACAUUGUUAAAAUUAUUUUAUUGCACAGAUGCUUUUAAAAAUAAAAUAAACUUUUAAAAAGUUUUUUCUUGAA